AUGGACCAUGGCCGGCGACGUCCGUUCGCCUCUUAUUACGGCCUUCCACUUUCGUUGCGUCUGCCGGAUGGCGAGCCGAGGCAUGCGAUUUUAGCGUUGCGCAUUGGCUUCUUCUUUUCUUUCAGUGCUACAGGGAAUUAUACUAUAAAUCAGACAAUGGCAGAAGAGUCGUUGCGUGGCAGCCUGAAGCGCUCCUUUGUCAACGACGACGAAACAAACAAACCGCCGCCGGAGAAAAGGGUGAGGUUUCCAAAAGGUAAGAAAAUAAAAGGGGGAGAUUUUGUGAGAGAUGAAAGUGGUGAAGAUAUCCCUAAAUUUAAGGAUCCUAAGUCUGCAGCCAGUGAUCGGGCUGACGCGUGGCUGUGUGUUGAUGUUUAUAAAAAGUUUGAUGGAAAGAGCUCGAUUUCCACGAGUAAUAAUGAGCCACGCGAUCUUGUUACCGACGAGCUUGCAGAAAUCAACAGGCGGAUUGCUGAUGUUCUUGAGCCUGGGGAGACGGUUUUGCGAGCUUUGAGGAGGUUAAAGGGUUCUACUGAUAAGAAGCAAAAAAUGUCUGCUCAAACUAAACGGCAAUUUGAUCAGCUAACUGAAGAUGCCAUGAAAUUGAUGGAAAAUGGAGAUUACAAUGUGUACGAGGAAAAACGAGAACAUUUUGAGCGAGAAGCAGUUUUGUGCUCUGUCCCUGGUAUGGAUCAAAGGACAUAUAAUCAGCCUACUGAAUCUGAGGUGGCUGCUUUAUGGGUGGAUGGCAGUGGUAGUGAAGAGCCCUGUAAGCGCGAUAUUCAUGUUAACUGUGCUGGUGGGACCUCUCAUAGGAUACAGUAUUAUUUUGGCUGCUAUGACCCAUUGCAGUAUCCGUUGAUGUUCCCUUUUAUGGACAUUGCUCUUUCAGCGGUUGACGGCGGAGCUCCUUACCCACGGCGUAGAAUCGUGCGCCUUCACACCAUAGAAUCGUGCGCCUUCAAACUCUUCAAUGGGUGUUCCUUCACCACGGCCCUAGACUCCUCUUAUUCCUCCGCAAGGCCGCGCGACAGCUCCCACAAAACGCGACCCUACUGCGCCGACCACGUCACCUCCUCCUUCUCCAUCGCCGCCAUCCACUCCACGAGCAGCGAGGUUCAAUUUCAUUAA